AUGGCGAUUCGAAAAGAGGAAGAAAGCAGAGAAGAACAGAGCAAUUCGUUUCUUCUUGAUGCUCUCUAUUGCGAAGAAGAGAAAUGGGAAGACGAAGAUGAAGCAGAAGAAGAAGUUGAAGAAAACUCUUCCUUUUCUUCUUCUUCUCCUUCUCCUUCACCAUUCGUGCUUCUGCAACAAGAUUUGUUCUGGGAAGACGAAGAUCUAGUCACUCUGUUCUCCAAAGAAGAAGAACAAGCACUCAGCUGUCUCGAUGAUGUUUAUCUCUCCACGGAUCGAAAAGAAGCCGUCGGCUGGAUUCUGAGAGUCAAUGCUCAUUAUGGGUUCUCCACUUUGGCAGCUGUUUUAGCCGUAACUUAUCUCGACAAGUUCGUCUGCAGCUACAGCUUACAGAGAGACAAACCAUGGAUGCUUCAGCUCGUUUCCGUCGCUUGCCUCUCUCUAGCUGCUAAAGUCGAAGAAACCCAUGUCCCUCUUCUCCUAGACUUUCAAGUGGAGGAAACAAAGUAUGUGUUUGAGGCCAAAACCAUACAGAGAAUGGAGCUGCUGAUUCUCUCUACACUCAAAUGGAAGAUGCAUCCCGUUACUCCAAUUUCGUUUCUAGACCACAUCAUCAGGAGAUUGGGGCUUAAGAACAAUGCUCACUGGGAUUUCCUCAACAGAUGCCAUCGUCUCCUCCUCUCUGUAAUCUCCGAUUCAAGAUUUGUCGGCUACCUCCCGUCAGUUGUUGCCGCAGCGACCAUGAUGCGAAUUAUAGAGCAAGUUGAGGCCUUUGACCCUCUUUUAUACCAAAUUAAGCUCCUUGGUGUCCUUAACAUAACCAAGGAAAAGGUUGAAGCUGGCUACGAUCUCAUCCUCCAGUUGCCAGUGGAUCGCAUUGGUUUGCAGAUUGAGAACCAAUCUCGCCGGAAACGCAAGUGUCCCGAAUCAUCAUCGUUGAACAGCCCAAGCUGCGUGAUCGAUGCAAACCCUUUCAACAGCGACGAAAGCUCAAACGAUUCGUGGUCAGCGAGUUCGUUCAGUCCACCGUCGCCACAGCAAGAACCUCCGAUGAAGAAGAUGAAAGGGGGUCAAGAGAACCAGAAGAAGAAACCGAUUCUGCAUCUUCCAUGGGCAAUCGUAGCAACUCCAUAA